AUGGCAUGUGGUGUGUAGCCAGGCUAGGAGGACGUAUGAGGAAAGUGUUAUGGCUGUGAUGCUGUGUCUGUGUGGCCUGGUUAUGGCUGUGAUGCUGUGUCUGUGUGGCCUGGUUAUGGCUGUGAUGCUGUGUCUGUGUGGCCUGGUUAUGGCUGUGAUGCUGUGUCUGUGUGGCCUGGUUAUGGCUGUGAUGCUGUGUCUGUGUGGCCUGGUUAUGGCUGUGAUGCUGUGUCUGUGUGGCCUGGUUAUGGCUGUGAUGCUGUGUCUGUGUGGCCUGGUUAUGGCUGUGAUGCUGUGUCUGUGUGGCCUGGUUAUGGCUGUGAUGCUGUGUCUGUGUGGCCUGGUUAUGGCUGUGAUGCUGUGUCUGUGUGGCCUGGUUAUGGCUGUGAUGCUGUGUCUGUGUGGCCUGGUUAUGGCUGUGAUGCUGUGUCUGUGUGGCCUUGUUAUGGCUGUGAUGUGGUGGUGUUAAAUAAAGACAGUAUGGCUCCUCUCCUGUGAGAUCAGUGUCAGAUUUAGCCAGCAGGUCUCUUGUGGUGUCUGGGAGGGUCUGUUUUCUGACUCUGUGAUGUCUAAGGCUCCACGUCUUCCUGGAGCUGCAAACCUCAGGGUAGAAAUAGUACCAGACAGAAAGCUUUUGUUGGGAAAACAACAGCAAUGGCAGUAAUUACAGACUCCGGUUUCGCCACUCCUCGCAUCUUAGAAAACCACAAGCAGGUGAAGGGGUCGAGUCAUCGAGUCAUCGUGGGGUCAGCUAGAGGUCUGGGUUAAAUGCCCCUGAGCAUUAACCUCAAUGUCUGCUGCUUCUGAUUGCGUGCGUGUGUGUGUGUGUGUGUGUGUGUGUGUGUGUGUGUGUGUGUGUGUGUGUGUGUGUGUGUGUGUGUGUGUGUGUGUGUGUGUGUGCGCGCCUGCGUGCGCCUGCGUGUGUGUGGUUAGACACUUAGAGAGGAAACAGAUAUGUGUGAGUCAGGGAGGGAGACAUGAGAUGCGUGUCCAGACAACCACAGUUAUGCCCUAUGCACUUGGGCCUUGUGAUAACACAACUGCUUUAUGAUUAUAGCUUUAUGGGCCAGAGGCACAGCUAGAAAUGACAAGGUUGUGUGGCGUGUUUUAGUCUGAGUGCCAUCGUACGGUAGACUGAGGCAGGCAGUGCAGUGUGAGACCUGACUGACAACUACUUCCUCCCCCUCAGUGGAGGCUGGUGACGGGAGGACGGCUCAUAAUAAUGUCUGGAACGGAGCGAAUGGAAUGGAUUCAAACACAUGUUUGAUAUAUUUGAUACCAUUCCACUGAUUCCGCUCCAGUCACUACUACGAGCCCGUCCUCCCCAAUUAAGGUGCUACCAACCUCCUGUGCUCCCCCUUGUGUUACACUUGAAUUUAGUGGAUUCUGCUAUUUCAGCCACUCCCGUUGCUGACAGGUGUAUAAAAUCGAGCAUACCGCCAUGCAAUCUCCAUAGACAAACAUUGGCAAUAAAAUGGCCUUACUGAAGAGCUCAGUGACUUUCAGUAACUGCCCUGGUCAACUGUAAGUUGUGUUAUGUGAAAUGGAAACGUCUAGGAGCAACAACGGCUCAGCCUUGAAGUGGUAGGCCACACAAGCUCAGAGAACGAGACCGCCGAGUGCUGAAGCGCGUAAAGAUCGCCUGUCCUCGGUUGCAACACUCACUACUGAGUUCCAAACUUCCUCUGGAAGCAACGUCAGCACAAUAACUGUUUGUUGGGAGCUUUCUGAAAUGGGUCUCCGUGGCCGAGCAGCCACACAAGCCUAAGAUUGCCAAGCGUCGGCUGGAGUGGUGUAAAGUUCGCCGCCGUUGGACUUUGGAACAGUGGAAACGUGUUCUCUGGAGUGAUAAAUCACGCUUCACCAUCUGGCAGUCCGACGGACUAAUCUGGGUUUGGCUGAAUGGAAGCAAGUCCCCGCAGCAAUGUUCCAACAUCUAGUGGAAAGCCUUACCAGAAGAGUGGAGGCUGUUACAGCAGCAAAGGGGGCACCAAAUCCAUAUAAUACCCAUGAUUUUGGAAUUAGAUGUUUAAUGAGCAGGUGUCCACAAACUUUUGAUCAUGUUCAUGUAGUGUAUUUUCCAUUCAUACCUAUGUAGUAUAUACUUUUAUGAUACAUCCCCUGUAUAUUUAAGGAAUAAGGCCAGAGGAGGUGUGGUAUAUGGCCAAUAUACCACGGCUAAGGGCUAUUCUUAUGCAUGACACAACACGGAGGUAAACAUAUCGUCAUCCUGACACAGACCUCUCACACUGCCUAGGUAAACAUAUCGUCAUCCUGACACAGACCUCUCACACUGCCUAGGUAAACAUAUCAUCAUCCUGACACAGACCUCUCACACUGCCUAGGUAAACAUAUCAUCAUCCUGACACAGACCUCUCACACUGCCUAGGUAAACAUAUCGUCAUCCUGACACAGACCUCUCACACUGCCUAGGUAAACAUAUCGUCAUCCUGACCACAGACCUCUCACACUGCCUAGGUAAACAUAUCAUCAUCUGCACACAGACCUCACACAGACGCUCUCACAACUCCUGGUAAACAUCGUCAUCCUGACCCAAGACCUCUCACACUGCCUAGGAAACAUAUCAUCAUCCUGACACGACCUCUCACACUGCCUAGGUAAACAUAUCAUCAUCCUGACACAGCAGACCUCUCACACUGCCUAGGUAAACAAAAUAUCAUCAUCUUACACAGACCUCUCACACUGCCUAGGUACACCUAUGUCUCCUGACACAGACUCUCACAACUGCCUAGGUAAACAUAUCCUCAUUCUAACGCAGACCUCUCACACUGCCUAGGUAAACAAUUCCUCAUCCUAAACGCAUGCAGACCUCCUCACACUGCCUAGGUAAACAUAUCCUCAUCCUAACGCAGACCUCUCACACUGCCUAGGUAAACAUAUCCUCAUCCUAACGCAGACCUCUCACACUGCCUAGGUAAACAUAUUAUCAUCCUAACGCAGACCUUUCACACUGCCUAGGUAAACAUAUCCUCAUCCUGACAAGUGCAGACCUGAGGGCAAGGGCUAGAUUACUCCAUCUCACCACAGGAGCCAGGGUCCCAGAGCUGCACACAACCUGUUUCAACACUGCCUCUUCCUGGAUCAAUGUCACAUGGCCAAACAUGCCGCUAUGUGUGGCCCCUUUGCUCAGUGAGAAAGAGAGAGAGAAAGAAAAGGGGAGAGAGAGAGAGAGAGACAAGGAGAGAGAGAGAGAUAGAGAGAGAGAGAGAGAGAGAGAGAGAGAGAGAGAGAGAGAGAGAGACAAGGAGAGAGACGUUAUGUUAGGUAGUCCCUCCUAACAGUACCAUCAUCUUGCUCAGCAGGAAACUUUGCGUGACUCUACGAUCCGUGCCGAGGUGUAGCAGCACUGGCAAAACAUUUUACUCUAGUUGUCCAUCAGUUUCCAGCGCCAUUACUCUGCUCUUUAUAGUUCUCUCAGCCCUCUCUCCCACACAGAGCAGAGAGCAGCUCCACUGCACCUAAUGGUGCGGUGCGGUAUGGUGUAGCUCUGCUGGCUGCCAUCCAGACCAGCCUUGUUGUCUGCUACUCCCAGCCUAGACACACACAGAACAGAGCCUCCAGCUCUUAUAGACACAUCUACUGCUGCCCUCACACACUGGCAUAGGUCCACUAGCUGAUGUUGUAUGGAUGAGAGUAUUUGGACACAUGGAUGUUUUCUCUGGAAUACACCAUCAAGUUAGAUGAUGAACAGUAUCAAACACCUCUGAAGGGGAUGUUGUGUAAAGAGUGUUGGGUCAGUAACCGAAAGGAUGCUUGGUUCGAAUCCCCGGGCCGACUUGGUGAAUAAUCUGUUGAUGUGCCGUUGAGCAAGGCACUUAACCCUAAUUUCUCCUGUAAGUCGCUCUGGAUAAGAGUGUCUGCUAAAUGACGUGAAUGUAUGGAGGACUUGUACAGUAUAAGGAAGUCCACUCCAGUAGAUUCCUGUGGAUGUUGAUAAUGAAUGGUCUCUUUCUCUUUUCUAUAUAGUCUCACAGCCCAGUUCCAGUUCCAGCCAAGAAGUCCAAACUGGAGAAACUACACUCUCCAUCACCUGACAAAGAGAAGCAAUCUGAUUGGUUACAAUCUCUAUCAAAGUCAGCGAACAAGGUUAGUAGCUCAUGAUUUUCUUCAAGGUCAGGGGGAUCCUACAGAUGUAGGGUCUUAAUUUGAGCCAGUUUGCUGAAAAUAAUCCUGCAGCUACAGGAAAUGUGAAUUAUUAUGUGGAUUAUAAUUAACAUACAUUUUUGGUAGGGGUUGAUACAUUUUUCAUUAGGACAAAUCAAGUCUGACAUUUUGAAGUGGAAAUUACAAACUUUAGAAGCCUUUUUAAACCUUUAAUACACAACACGUUUGCAUUUCCUGCUGUGUAGGAAAGUUCUCAGCAACAAAAGAGUGAUCAAAUUAAGAUCCUACAUCUGUAUACAGAGUCCGUGUCUAAUUGAUUGUGUUACCUUACCUUAUACAGUUGUCAAUCGUCUUUUUACAAACCAGUCUGCCUUAUGAAAUAUGAUUUCACUGUACCUUUCCAGGGAUGUUUUUCAAAUUCCCCAUUUCACUGUAUUAUAUUGUAUGAAUUCUAUAUUUUUCAGGAUCUGAAACCGGUCCAGCUCAAACAGAGACUGUCAGCCUUCCGCCCGUGGUCCCCCAGAAGUCCAUCUGCUGAGAAGGAGAAGUCUACUAGUCACAAUAAGAGGUCAGUCAGAGACAGACAGUCAUGUUGUCAUAGUUUCACUCAUCCAUUUCACCACACCACACUAAAGGAGUGUUUGGCUGUAACAUUCCUAUGGGAUUAAUGUAAUGAUGGCCAAUAACUACAUUGUCCAUUGCUAUGAUCCCUUACUUCAUAUUGUUGAAAUACAGUAAAUAAGGUAACUUGCAUUUUCUUGUCAUAACAGAUUAGUCCACAAAAACGUAGACACGUCUGUAGUGCCGAAUGUGGCCCCAGCUCCAUUGGCCUACCAGAGAGAGGAGCAGGCCCCAGUGGGCCACAGCCAGGCUCCAGGCAGGGAAGACCAGCACAUCAGCUCCAGACCAGCACCACAGUGUGGAGACUCACAGCCUGGGCCCAGACCUGUCCACAUCAACACCAACACUAAUAACACAGCCAACGGUGUGGAGGACAUGGAGACUGACGGGGAGAUUGAGGUGGACAACUGUGAUGACUGUGAGUAUGACACACUGUUGUGCAGACAUUCUGUAGGAAAAAUAGGGCACCAUGACACAAACUACUCCAACUCUCAAGGACAGGCAACCUAACCCGAGCUAAUACGAUUGGAAGAAGGCUAUGGUUAGAUGGCCUGAUCCCUGUGAGAGACUACCAUCUAGUGGUUGGUCUGUGCAGCACUAGCACAGAGCACAGUCUCAACUCACUGUCACUGCUGUUCCAAUACUUUUUUAGGCUUCCCUCUAUUAAAGGCCUGGUGCAGUCAAAAAUUUGAUUUUCCUCUGUUUUAUAUAUAUUUCCACAAUAUGAAGUUGGAAUACUGUGAAAUUGUGAAAGUUAUGUUAAUACCAUUUUAGUGUAAGAGCUGUUUGAAAAGACCCGCCUGAAAUUUCAGCCUGUUUUGGUGGGAUGGAGUUUUGACCUGCCUGGUGACAUCACCAGGCAGUAAAUUAGUUAAUAGACCAAUAAGAAAGAGAGUUCCAAACCUCUCUGCCAAUAACAGCUAGUUUUCCCCUCCCCACUCAGACCACUCUGAGACAGCCCUAGCUAAAUUAUUGCUUGAGAAAUUGUUCUUUGCUAAGAAGCUAUCUUGUUUUCUUUUGACCAUGUUAAUUGAAUGCAAUCACAGUGAGAUACUUAAUUAUUACCCAGAAAUGAUUUGAUAUUGAGAUAAAAUGGCUGCAUUGGAUCUUUAACAUAAUGUUUUAUUUUUCUGUCUUUCAGACCCACCAUCGGUCCCCUCCUUGGCAUCUCCUCCCUCUGCCUGCUCCAGUGUGUCCCAGACCCUGACCACCCAGAGCACCGUGAGGCCCCUGGAGGGCCCAGUCCAGCUGUUAUUACCAGGGGCCCCGUCAUGCCCAGAGCUGGACACAUUGAGACAGACCCUGUAUGGAUGCCUGGACUCCAAGGAGGCCAGGGAGAAGUUCCUACAGGAGAUUGUUAAGAUGAGAGUGAAGCAGGAAGAGAAACUGGGGGUGGCGCUGCAGGCCAAACGCAGUCUUCAGCAGGUAAACCUCCCACUCAAGAUCCAAAAUGUCCGACCUUUGGCACAAAAAUGAAAACAGUUUAUUUAUUGGUAGAGACAUCAUCUUUAGGACACAACAGAAUAUAUAUUUUUUAAUUACCCCACAGGAGCUGGAGUUUGUGAGGAUGUCCAAGAAGGGGCGUCUUCGAGAGGCCAUCGAGGCCAAGCGCAACCUGAGGAAAGAGAUAGAGCACCUGCACAUGGAGUGGGACAGGAAGAUGAGGGAAGCUGAUGAGACCCGUGACCAUCUGAAAAGAGAGCUGGAGAGAGAGAUACAGAUACGAGUCUGCGACAAAGGCUGUGAGGCUGAACGCCUGCGAGCCAAGUACUCCACACAGGUGAGAAAGAACCAAGAUCCUAAUAAUAUAGCCUACAUACUUAGGAUAUCAUACAGAAAGAAUCACACACACACACACACACACACAUACAUAAUUAACUGUAGUUGAGUCAAUGUAUAUGCUCCCUGACUGAUGUGUAUGUUCCUUUCCAGAUUGAGGAGCUGCAGGUUCAGCUGCAGCAGGCAGAGGCGGACCGGGAGCAGCUGAGAGAGGAGCUGCAGCAGGAGAGGGAGGCGCGGCAGAGCCUGGAGAGGGUGGUCAAGGACUUGCAGGCUCAGCUGGGAGGCCCACAGGACACCCCCAUGACCCCCCAACACACUAACACAGAGACAUACAGACAGACAUAA